AUGGUGGAUCCACUGAAAAUCUUCUGGGUACUGACGAACAGCACUUAUUUAGUUACUAAAUUCAUCAAAACUGGCAUUGCCGACAAGAACGACUACCCGCUGUACUUCGAGAAGGUCAUCUACGAGGCGGACAUCGACGAGAAUGUGGAGAUCAAUCACAAUUUUCUCAACGUCACCGCGAAGACGCACGGCGAAGCGUCCGGUGUACGAUACAAGAUCUCGGGCGGUAACAUAGGCAAUGUGUUCGCCAUACGCAACUCGACCGGCGCCCUGUACGUGGCCAAGGCGUUGGAUUACGAGAAGAUCAAAAAGUACGAGCUACGGUUGACGGCAUCGGAUAACUUCAAGGAGAACUACACCACGGUGCUGGUCAGCGUACGGGACGUGAACGACAAUCCGCCCGUGUUCGAGAAAUCGUCAUAUCGCACACAGAUCACCGAGGAAGACGACCGGGGCCUCCCGAAGCGGGUGCUGCGGGUCACAGCAUCCGAUGCGGAUGUGGAGCGGCCGAACAACAUCAUCUACUUCCUGACCGGGCCCGGCAUCGACAUCGAGAAUCCUUCCGAGAGCAAUUUCGACAUCAACAAGGCCACCGGGGAGAUAUUCGUGCUGAAGCCACUGAACCGGGAUCCACCGCACGGGCGGGCUUCGUGGAAGUUUACGGUGUUCGCGCAGGAUGAAGGUGGCGAAGGGCUGGUCGGGUUCACGGAGGUGCAAAUCAACCUGAAGGACGUGAACGACAAUGCGCCCCUCUUCCCGAACGGCAUCGCGUACGGUAACGUGACCGAGAACGGCACGGUCGGGAUGCACGUGAUGACGAUCAAGGCGGAAGAUUACGACGACCCGAACGAGGGCACCAACGCGAAGGUCGUGUACUCGAUCGAGAAGAAUGCCAUCGAGGAGGACACGGGGUUGCCGAUCUUCGACAUCAACCCGGACACGGGCGCCAUCACGACGGCGGUCUGUUGCCUGGACCGGGAGAAGACGCCGGAUUACUCGCUGCAGAUUGUGGCCACCGACGGUGGUGGCCUAAAAGGAACCGGGACGGCGUCGAUCAAGGUGAAGGAUCUGAACGAUAUGCCACCCCGGUUCACCAAGGACGAGUGGUUUGUGGAGGUCGAGGAAACGGACGGCAGUGUGUUGCCGGACGCACCGAUCCUGACCGUGACGGUAAAUGACGAUGACGAGUUGAACAACUUCCAGUACAAGAUCAUCGAGAGCAGCGGGUAUGGGGCGGACAAGUUCGCGAUGGUGAAGAACGCGGACGGAACGGGAAGCCUGAAGGUUGUGCAGCCGCUCGAUUACGAGGAUCCGAUGCAGAUCAAUGGCUUUCGGUUCCGGAUACAGGUGAUCGAUAACGUGGGGAUCGACGAGAGCGACAAGUACCACGUGGAUCACUCGUGGGUGAUCGUGAAGCUGAAGGACAUCAACGAUAACACGCCACGGUUCAAGAAGCCCCACAUCGAGGCGGCCGUCUACGAGAACGCGGACAUCGGGAAGCUGCUCGGUACGUUCAAGGCGGUCGAUAUCGACCGGGGUGGCAAGAGCCGCAUCACGUACACCAUCAACCGGGCGACGGACCGGAAGCGUCAGUUCUCGAUCAGCCCCGACGGCACGGUGACGAUCCAGCGUGAGCUAGACCGUGAGGUGACCGCCAAGCACUCGCUUGAGAUCCUGGCCACCGACGACGGGGUGCCACCGCGGACCGCAUCCGCCAUCCUGACCGUGCUGGUGAAGGACGUGAACGAUAAUGCGCCCGAGCUGGCCGAACACUAUCGGCCGAUUUUGCUCGAAAACUCACCACCCUCGAAGGUGGUCGAAAUCGGGGCGAUCGAUCGGGACGAUCGGCUGCGGGGUAAUGGGCCACCGUUCCAGUUCCGGCUCGAUCCGGAUGCGGACGAUACGAUCCGGACAUCGUUCAAGGUGGAACAGAACAACAAGGGCGAUGGAAUGGCGAUCGUCUCGUCGCUCAGCUCGUUCGAUCGUGAGUACCGCAAGCAGUACCACAUCCCGAUCGUGAUCAAGGACUCGGGUACACCGCCCCAGACCGGCACCAGUACGCUGACGAUCACGAUCGGUGACCUGAACGAUAACAUCAUGCAGCCGGGCUCGAAGGAGGUGACGGUGUACAACUAUCAGGGCCAGGCACCGGACACACCGAUCGGGCGCGUGUUCGUGAACGACCUGGACGACUGGGACACGGCGGACAAGCUGUUCUACUGGGACGAGGCGGAGAACCCGCGCUUCAAGCUCGACGACACGUCCGGCAUGGUGACGAUGCGCCGGGGAGCGCGCGAGGGCCGCUACCGGCUGCGGUUCAAGAUCUACGAUCGCAAGCACGCCCAGGAGUCGUACGCCAACAUGUCGGUGCUGGUGAAGCACCUCUCGUACGAGGCGAUCGUCAACUCGGGCUCGGUCCGGCUGGCCGGCAUCACCGACGAGGACUUUAUCCGCGUGUGGAACUACCGCACGCAGAACAUCUUCCGCUCGCGGCUGGAGCGCUUCCGGGACAAGCUGGCUGAGUUGCUGCACGUGGACGCGAAGCAUGUGGACGUGUUCAGCGUACAGAUGCGUGAUCGGGCUGUCCCGGUGACGGAUGUGCGAUUUGCAGUCCGGGGUGCCUACUACUACAAGGCGGUCCAGUUGAACGGAGUGCUGCUGCUGCACAAGGACGAGAUCGAGCAGGACGUCGGCAUCAACAUUACGAUGGUGAACGUGGACGAGUGUCUGCUGGAGAACGCGGAUUGUGGUGGAUCGUGUACGAGCAUCGUUGAGGUACAGACCAAUCCGUGUCUGGUGAAUGCCAACAAGACGGCCCUGGUCGGGGUUCAGAUCAACUCGACGGCCGAAUGUGUCUGCAGCUCGCGGGAGUAUCGGCAACAGCAGACCUGCAAGUCGCAUCCGUGUCUGAACGGCGGCCGUUGCUCCGACUCGAAGGCGGGUGUCCGGUGCUCCUGCCCACCUGGCUACACUGGGCCAAGGUGCCAGCAGGUCGUCCGCAGCUUCCGAGGUCAUGGUUGGGCCUGGUACGCUCCGCUUGACAUGUGUGACCGAUCGCACGUCAGCGUGGAACUCAUCACUACGAAGGCGGAUGGGCUGAUCUUCUACAAUGGGCCCAUUACCCCACCGAAGCAGGAGGAGGAAGGGGAUGGGGCCGAAGGGAACACCGGAAAGCAACUGUCGGACUUUGUGGCCCUCGAGCUGGACGGGGGUUACCCUCGGCUCCUGAUCGACUACGGAUCGGGAACUCUGGAACUUCGCGUCCAAACGAAGAAUCCACUGAACGAUGGCGAAUGGCACCGGCUCGAUGUGUUCUGGGACACGGAGCAGGUCAAGCUGGUGGUGGACUUUUGCAAGACGGCCGAAAUUACCGAGGCCGACGAUGGGAACUUGGUUGAGUUCGUGGAUCACACCUGUCAGGCGAUUGGACGGGUUCCGCAGUUCAACGAGUAUCUCAAUCUCAAUACGCCACUCCAGAUCGGAGGGCUGCUGAGGGACAAGUUCGACUACACGCACGCCCGGUGGCAAUACGCCCCGGUUGGGGUUGGCUUCGAGGGGUGCAUCCGGGAGUUCAAACACAACGGCAUCCUGUACGAUCUGUCACACCCGGGCCUGACGCAGGGCAGUGCGCCCGGCUGUCUGUACACGCAGGAGGUCUGCGACCUGAAUCCGCAGGUCGCCCGAUGUCUCGAGCACGGCCGGUGCGUCGGGAGCUUUGACGAGGCCAAGUGUGAGUGCAAUCCCGGCUGGACCGGCACCUACUGCAGUCUGCCGACGACGCCGACCACGUUCCGGGCGCACAGCUACGUCAAGUACGCGCUCAGCUUCGAGCCGGACAAGUUCACGACCCACAUCCAGCUGCGGUUCCGGACGCGCGAACCGUACGGUGAGCUGUUCCGCAUCAGCGACCAGCACAUGCGCGAGUACGGCAUCGUGGAGUUGAAGGGUGCCCGGGUGCACUUCCGGUACAGCCUGAAUACGGGCCCGCAGGUGGACGAGCGGGAGGUCACGCUGGCGGCGGUCUCCGUUGACGACGGCCAGUGGCACACGGUGAAGGUGCAGCGGUACGGCUCGGCCGCCAUCCUGGAGCUGGACGGAGGCGAGGGGCCCAACUUUAACCAGAGCUUCUCGUUCGAUGGCCACCAGUGGCUGUCGGUCGACAAGCAGGAGGGCGUGUACGCGGGCGGCAAACCCGAGUUUACCGGCGUCAAGACGUACGACGUGAAGGCGGACUACCAGAAGAGCUGCAUCGAUGACAUCAGGUUGGACGGCAAAAGUUUGCCGCUUCCGCCGGCGACCAACGGCACGCAGUGGGGCCAGGCGACCACGGCCAAGAACAUCGAGCGCUACUGCUCGUCCAACAAUCCCUGCCAGAACGCGUACUGUCCGGAUCCGUUCGAGUGCGUCGAUCUGUGGAACAAGUACGAGUGCGCCUGCGGCGAUGGCAUGAUCAUCUCGCCGGAGGGCAAGACCUGCAUCGAUCGGAACGAGUGUCUGGAGUACCCGUGUCUGAACGGUGGCACGUGCAUCAACCAGGAGCCGCGCCUGAAGUACAAGUGCAUCUGCCCGGACUCGUACUGGGGCGAGAGUUGUGAGUUUCUCAAGGAGCGACAAGCGCUUAAAUUCAGCACCAGUGCCUUGGCCGCCGUAAUAGCCUGCCUAUUACUGAUCAUUAUUUUGCUGUUUGUGUACUUCUCCUGCUCGAGGCGCCGGUCGGCCAACUUCAACAAGAAGCCGGCCACCAAGGACGACAUCCGGGAGAACAUCAUCAACUACUGCGACGAGGGUGGCGGCGAGAACGACAUGACCGCGUUCGACAUGAAGACGCUCAAGAUCCCGAUCGGGCCGCUGCCGGAGCUCGUCCAACAUAAGGCCCCGCCAGUACGUCCAGAUAUUGCCGUCGUGUCCGACCAGGUCAUCGGCAAGGUGGACGUGUUCCUGGACGACCGGAAGCGGCGCGUCGACGUCGACCCAGGCUCCGGACCGUUCGACGAUCUGCGCAACUACGCCUACGAAGGUUGUGGGAGUACCUCUGGCUCGCUAAGUUCCUUACAGUCAGGUACGGACGAUGAACCCCACGAGUAUAGCUUUUUAACCGCGUGGGGUCCCCGUUUCGAUAAGUUAGUCAAUAUUUACGAGCCGAGCGCGGCGCAGGUCGAAGAUGACGAUGUUAGUUAA